AUGAAAGCAGUAGUAGUUGGCGCAGGACUUGGUGGGCUUUCGGUAGCGGCGUGCUUAGCAAAGGCAGGUGUUGAUGUUACCAUUCUUGAAAAAAAUUCUUGGGUCGGUGGUAGAGUGCAUAAGUGGGUUCACAAGGGUGUACGCUUUGACUUAGGACCAAGCUGGUACCUUAUGCCCAAAGAAGUGGAUAGAUGGUUUCACGCUCUAGGUUUUGACAGGAAGCAAUUUUACGAGAUACACAGAUUAGAUCCCGCAUAUAAAGUUAUUUAUGAUGGCGAAUCUUUAGUUGUUCCAGGGAAUAUUAACAAAGUUUUUGAGCUUUUUGAGAGUGUGGAGCAAGGUGCGGGAGAAAGGUUACAAUUUCAUCUAAGCAAUAACGCAAGGGAAUACCACUACCUUAUGGAGAAUUUUAUCCGUAGUAAUUAUAACAGUGCACGCACGAUACUUAGAAAGGGAAUGGAGAUACUUCGCUUCUUUGAGUAUAGCUCUCUUAUGAGUAAUUUUCAUUCAAGAAUCAAAAAAGUUGCGUACGACCCUAAAUUACAAAAAAUACUAGAAUACUCAAGUACUUUCUUAGGUGCUAGCCCGUAUACUCUGCCAGCUCCUUACACUAUACUGAAUCAUGUAGAUUUUAAUCUAGGCACAUGGUAUCCUCUAGGUGGAUUUUCUGUGCUUCCUGAGGCAAUGGCCAAGAUAUGUCGUUUACUAGGAGUAACAAUCCACUGCAACGAAGAAGUAGAGAUGCUUGAGCUGAAGCGAAAUACUAUUAGCCAUGUGCAUAGUAAAAGCACAACAUACCAAGCAGAUCUUGUAGUGGCAAACGCAGACAGGCAUUUUGUCGAUCAAGUCUUGCUUCCCCCAAAAUACAGAGAAAUGAAAGAGAGGCAGUGGAAUGCACUUCCCAUUUCGCCAUCAGUGUUCAAUAUUUUUUUAGGAGUAAAGGAUACGCUAAACAACCUUGCUCACCACACAUUCUUCUUCGAUAGUGACUGGGAUAAGCAUAUUACAUCAGUGUAUAAGCGUAAGGAAUGGCCGCUAGAUCCUCUUUUUUAUGUGCAUUGCCCUGCAAAAACAGACCCAGCAGCCGCUCAUAACGAUGUACAGUCUUUGUUUAUACUUGUCCCUUUAGCACCCGGCGUACAAGAUAGUCCAGUAGAGCGAAAUAGAAUAUACGAGAGAGUGCUACAACGUCUGCGACUGCAUGCUAAUAUCUCUGAGCAUACUAUUUCAUUUUCUAAAAUAGAAGGACCAAGGGAAUAUAAGUUGCAUUUCAAUGCGUAUAAAAGUAACGCAUUUGGUCUAGCUAUGACCUUAGGUCAAACGGCAAUGUUACGACUGAGUAAUCGCUCUCAAAAAGUAAAGAAUCUUUACUUUUCGGGUCAAUAUACGAUACCAGGAACAGGAACAACUAUGUCAAUUAUUUCUGGAGAGCUGAGUGCUGAACGCAUUAUCCAAGAGAUGAGCCUAUCCUAG